AAACAAACAACAAAAUAAAUUGAAAAAAUAUUUGUGUUUACAAAUGUUGCAAAUUUACUAUUGAAAAAUUUAAUCAAUUAAAAUUAAAUAAGAAAAAUUAGAGAUUUUCUUCUUUGUUUAAGAAAAUAAAAAGAUAAAAUUCUUAUUUUUAUGAACCAAAGACCUAUUUCAAUCCCUUUGAAAAUAUAAAGACCUCAAGUGGUUUAUUCGAUUUAUAUUUGCAAAGCGAAAUCCGGUGUCUCAGAUUUUAACUACUAAAUCAGCACACAUAAGUAUAUUAUAUUCCCUUGAACUCCGUAAGUCAUAUCUAUGACUGUUGAAUUUUUGGAAAAUUUAAUUGUGAAUCUAACUUUAAUUAUCAAAUUUUUAAGGAACAGAUUUGUGAGCAGGUUUUAUAGAAGUUAAAUUCAAUAUUUAAUUAGCAUUGUUUGAAAAUAAAAUAUAUUAUAAUUAAAAAAAGAAGAUUCAAGAAGUCAAAGAGGUUUUUUCUUCAGCUAUCACCUUACAAAAACAAUUUUUUCUUAUUGGGACGAACAUUGAUUCGCUUUAAAAUAAAUGGAACCCACUAUUAAUUUUGGAUUCUCUUUACCCGCAAAUUUAGCACAAAUGUCAUCAGCUGCAAUUGGGUCACCUUUUCCACCACCAUCCCUGCCUCCACCGCCUCUGACAUCAUCGCAAACAAUAAUAGGACCAUCAAGUCCAACACAAAGUGUUCCUGGUCGUCGAACACCUUUGGGUGUUGUCGGAAUUAGUGGAUUGUAUUGCCAAACAACAUCAUCUAAUAGCAAUAUGGCACAGUCGUCACAUCAAAGUGAGAACACGAAUCCUGAACGUAAUAUUUCUUCAAGAUCUGGACCAUAUUCAAGUGGUGAUAUACCAACUGGAAUUGGAAAUAGAAUUAGUGUUGGAAAUAAUGGUAAUGCCAGUAUGAUUCCUGGUGGUAUCAAUACUACAAGUGCUCAUACUGGGAAACAAAAAAAUCGUCAAGGAAAAUCGGUUCGUUUAAAUAUAAAUGCUCGUGAACGUCGUCGGAUGCAUGAUUUAAAUGACGCCUUGGAUGAAUUACGUUCUGUUAUACCAUAUGCUCAUUCACCAUCUGUAAGAAAAUUGUCAAAAAUUGCUACACUUUUAUUAGCUAAAAAUUAUAUAUUAAUGCAACAAAAUGCUUUGGAUGAAUUAAGGCGACUAUUGGCGUAUAUACAAAAUGCAACUGGUGCCGCUCCUAUUGAUAUGGCUACUUUACCAGCUGCUGCAAAAUUACAAGCAUUAUUGCAAGAGCCACACGAUGAUAAUUCCGGAUUGCAAUAAUCAAAACCGUAUAUAACGUCUCAAUGCUUUAAUAAGUAUUCAUAUUCAAAUAAAUAUUUAUAUAAAUACAAUAUUUUACGGAGCACAAAUUAUUUAUUGAUAUGAUAAUUUUAAUUACUAAAAGCAUAAAAUAUCCAAAUUUAAUGUGAGUUUAGAAAUAUUACCAUUCAGUAUUUACCAUAUGUAUUUAAAAACCAAUUAUUUAUUUUAUAUUACAUAUUAAUUAUUUUAUAUAGAGCUGCCAAUUAAGCAUAAGUAUAAUAAUUCUAAGUCAUUAAUUAGACAUGUAAUUUAAGAUCCACA